UGGCACUCACAUCAUGUUUACAUUUGUGAUUUCUGUUUUAGAAAAUACGUUGUCUCUAGAUGAAAUAACUCAUGGCAAAAAUGCAAAAGUAUAAUCAAACGACAGUGACAGAAUUCAUCCUCCUGGAAUUCAGUUCUCCUCCUGAAUGGCAGACCCUCCUCUUUGUUGUGUUUUUAGCAAUCUACCUGGUGACAGUUGCUGGAAACCUCCUUAUAGCUGCAGCAGUCCUAGCCAAUCACCAUCUCCACAAGCCCAUGUACUUUUUCCUGGGGAACUUGUCUGUUUUAGAGACCUGCUACACCUCAACACUCCUCCCUAGGCUUUUGGCUAGCUUGAUUAGUGGCUAUCAUGGGAUUUCUUUUAGCGGGUGUUUUCUGCAGUUCUAUUUCGUUGGUACCUGUGCUUGUACUGAGUGUUAUCUCUUAUCAGUGAUGUCUUAUGACAGGUAUGUAGCAAUAUGUAAACCACUGCAUUAUGUAACCAUCAUGAAGAGUAGGUUAUGCGUUCUCCUAUCCUUUGCUCCUUGGAUACUUGGUGCUGUGCUUACUGUGUUUACAACAUUCUUUGCAUCCCAGCUGAAUUUUUGUGGCCCCAAUGUAAUUGACCAUUACUUUUGUGAUUACUCACCAUUGUUAAUGCUCUCCUGUAGUGAAACUCAUCAGACAGAAAUGUUGAUGUCAGUCUUGGGAUCGGCAUGCACCAUGCCACCAAUGAUAUUGACCUUCGCUUCAUAUGUUUGCAUCAUCAGCACCAUUUUGAAAAUCCCUUCAAACAGUGGCAAGAAGAAAGCAUUUUCUACCUGCUCCUCUCAUCUUAUUGUGGUCACCAUUUUCUAUGGUACCCUUAUCAUAGUGUACAUAUUACCAAAGACUGACACACUGAAGGAUCUGUACAAAGUCUUCUCUGUUUUCUACACUAUCCUGACUCCCAUGUUCAACCCCUAUAUCUACAGCCUGAGGAACAGAGAGUUUAAAGAAAUUCUGAAGAAGUGUGCAUGCACACAAAAGCUCAUACCAAACUAAAAAAACU